CGACGAGACAACGACGAGACGAUCGUGACGCGUGUCUGUCGCAGACACGAAAACGCAUUGCAACUGUAUCCACCACGUAAGGAUCUCGAUCGACUAGCGCGCGUUUAAUAGUUACAUCCACACAGAACGCGAUAAGACGAACUAUAAUCGGUUGGCUGGCUGUAUGGGUGCGAUUUCGCCGCACUGCAGCUCAGAUCGAACUCGAAAGGGUCUCGCGCCCGGAUGCGACGCUGCUGGUGCAUCUGCAGCUGCGGUGUUAUUAUAAAAAAUAAUUGUAAUAUUAACAGUUUAAUCGCGGUAGACGAUGACGCGCGCGUUUCACUAAACGGUUGUCAGGUGCAGCGCGCCAACGACGACGACGCGCGCCGGCCAUCGCAUGUCGUACAUGUCGCCGAGGGACGUCGUCGGCGUCCGUGCCGCCGGCAGCAUCAGCCUGUCGCCCGGCAGUUGUAUGGAAGCUCUCAGCGAGAGUUCGGCGUCGAGUGCGGCGGCCGCGGCGGGCGGAUCCGUCACCGUGUCCGACUUCCUGCAGACCAAGCGCAGCCUGUCGUUCUCGUCCGAACAGGUGUCGUGCAUGUGUGAAGCCCUCCAGCAGUCCGGUGACGUGGACAGGCUAGCCAGGUUCCUGUGGUACCUGCCACCGAGUGAACUGCUCCGUGGCCAAGAGACCGUCCUCCGGGCCAGGGCCCUAGUGGCGUUUCACAGGAACGCAUUCCACGAGCUAUAUGCCAUACUGGAGAGCCAGAGCUUUGACUCGAGGCACCACUUGCAGCUCCAGCAGUUGUGGUUCAAGGCUCACUAUCUGGAAGCGGAAAAGAUCCGCGGCCGAUCGCUAGGCGCUGUGGACAAGUAUCGGCUGCGCAAGAAAUAUCCGCUGCCGAAGACCAUAUGGGACGGCGAGGAGACUGUGUACUGUUUCAAAGAGAAGUCGAGGAACGCGCUGAAGGACUGUUACCUGAAGAACAGGUACCCAACACCGGACGAGAAACGCGAGCUGGCCCGGCGGACGGGCCUGACGCUCACGCAAGUCAGCAACUGGUUCAAGAACCGGCGGCAGCGUGACAGGACGCCCCAGCAGCACAGUGAUUUGCUGAGUAUAGGCAGUUCAGAUAGCAGAAACUAUGAAAUGGCUGAUGUGCACGGUGUCAAGUCCAUGUGUUACCAAAGCGUGGCCUCGUCCACAGGUGGCGGGAAAAUGAGUUCUGUGGUAGCAGCCGCGGCUCUCAAAUCCGCCACGGCCACGGUGGUGGCCGGAUACCCAUCGUCCGACACGGAAAUGUUUGCGUCCGACUAUCCGUCACACCACCUCCAUCACCAUCACCAUCAUCCCCACCAACACCAUUACAGCAACAACAACAAUAACAUAAACAACAAUAACAACAAUCAUCUCAGUCACCUAUACCACAAUCACCAUCACCAAAUGCUCCAGCCCAUACCACAAACUUCGGCCGCAUCGCAUUCUUAAUGAAUUUAUGAUUAUUAAUUAUUAUAAUAUAUAUUGUAUAUAUAGGUACUAGUUAGAUAUUAAUAUAGAAGUACCCCUACCUUAUAAUAUUUUUAGGUAUUAAUAAGUAUAUAUUAUAAAAACGAAGAAUACAAAAUGGCACAAAUUGUAUACAAAACCCCAUUACCUAUUAAUUAUUAUAUAAGUAUGAAUAUUAUUCGUUUUUUUGUUCAAAUUUUUCAAAUAAUGUCAAUCAUAUUACCAUACUAAACAAUAGGUAUUCAGCGAGCCUGCAAUUUGUGCCCCGAACUAACGAACGCGCCCGUCGGUCAAUUUCACAGCACGCUAACAAUUUGCAAAAAGAGAAUUAUAAUAAUUAUUAAUAAAUAAUAACUUAAUUCGAUCGGUGAUUGGGGGCAUUUUACAAAACUUUUAACAGUCACUGUUAAACAGUGAAUAGUGAUUGAAAGAAAGUUUUAUUUCUACUUUUUAAAACGGGGACUAUAUGAAGCCCACCUACAUUAGCUGCAUUUUCUGUGCUGAUCUUGUACUAAAAAUUAAUUUUUUUUAAUUCCGGUGCCAAAACACAUUAUGUGCCAUCUAGUGAACAUUUAUUUUUUUUUACUGGGUUCGGCUUAUUUGGUUUCUAAAAUGCCUGGUGUCUAUCAAAUGCGUUU